AUGCGUCCUCAGAGCCGAUCCGAUUUCGCCAUCGCCAUCAUUUGCGCCCUUCCCCUCGAGGCCGACGCUGUCGAGGCUCUCUUUGACGAGACAUACGACCGACUAGGCAAAUUCUAUGAUAAACAACCCGGAGAUGCAAACGCAUACAUAAACGGCAGAAUCGGGAACCAUGACAUUGUCCUCUGCUACAUGCCCCGGAUGGGAAAAGGGAGCGCAGCAAGCGUGGCUUCAAGUCUGAGGGUUAGCUACCCUAUGGUCCAGAUUGCGUUGGUUGUUGGGAUUUGUGGCGGUGUACCAUAUCUAUCAGAUGGCAGGGACGCAGAAAUAUACCUUGGAGAUGUCAUUAUCAGCGAUGCUGUGGCUGAAUAUGAUUUUGGGAGACAGUAUCCAGGUGGAUUUCAACCAAAGUCCGAUGGCCAUAAGGAUAUGUUGGGAGGACCCAAUCGAGAGAUCCGGACUCUUCUUGCUGCUUUGAAAGCAACUAAAACCCGGAUCGAAUUUCAGGAUCAGAUGUUACAACAUCUUCAUAAUAUCCAACACUUAGAUGCAAGAUGGCGGCAUCCAGACGGGUUGAAUGAUAUUCUUUUUGAGGCUAGAUAUCGCCACAAGCAUUACAUUCAAUAUUCAUCUGCUGUCUGCCAAUGUUUUAAUGGUGACAUGCAAGAUGAAAUAUGUGAAGAGGCACUGGAAAACAGCUGCGACAACCUUGGAUGCGACAGGGACCGAAUUCGUCGUCGUCGAGACAGUGCCAACAGGACCAAACUAUCUGUGCAUAUAGGAAAGAUAGCUUCGGCCGACACAGUAAUGAAAUCCGGAGAACAUCGUGACGAAAUUGCCGGAAAAGAGAAUGUUAUAGGAUUUGAGAUGGAAGGAGCUGGAGUAUGGGACAAUAUUCCAUGCAUCAUCAUCAAGGGGGUAUGUGACUACGCUGAUAGCCAUAAGAAUAAGAAAUGGCAAGAGUACGCUGCUGCAACGGCAGCUUGUGGACUCAAAGCCUUUCUGGGGUACUACAAAACAGGUCAGCAUUCCCUUGGAAAGUUGUCUAUGUUAUCAACUGAUUCUUAG